UUUCACCUUGCAGUAUUUCGACUGUCACAGCUACGAGAGAUGCAAGGGGACUACGCCCAAGCCAAGCUCUCAGCGUGGGAGCGCGAGCGUGCGAUUCGCCUCGAGGCCAAACACCGACGCGAGAAGCUCGAGGCGGCCAAGCGCCAUCCAGCGCCAGCGUCCUAUAUUCCAAAGCCGGCCGCAAAGACCACUGGCGACGAAGAGAAGCGUCCGGAAGCCAAACCCCGAGGCGCGCCGGAGAAGGCGUCGCCCUGCGUCAUGGCCAAGCCAUGGCUGGCACCCAAAAUGCACAGCUUGGCCGUGCCCAAAGCCAGCUUUGGAAAAGCGCCGAGGACCGAGAUGAUGCCCGAGGUCGACGACGAUGCGUUGAGCGUUGCUUCCGACAGCACCUGCUCCGAGCAUGACGAGGAAGGCGAUGACGAUGGACCCACUCGUCGCCUCGUCGACAGCUUGGACCUCUCAGUGGCGUUUGCGACACCGCCCAAGGCACAAGCCAAAGACGAGACGCCGGUGGUUGCAGCGUAUGGCGGCGGCGCCCACGUGCGAGUGGGAACGCGCACAGCGCCGGGUGACCGGUGCUCGCUCGAGAAGCGACGAGCGACGGCGAGUGUGCAAGCGACGCGCGUUCGGAAGGGCCCGAUCGAGACUCCGUCGUUGGAAAAGCCUGCCAAAGCCGACAAGGUUGUCGUCAAGAAGGAGUUUGCCUUCUUGUUCACGUAAUACAACGUCCAUUGAAAAGACAUA